AUGGCUAAAUCCUUGGCAUCCCAGUCCGACUGGCCUGAAGGCCACACAAUUUUAUCACCGUAUUUUCUCAAAGUUCAACAGGAGCGUCUCCCCCUCCUCCGCUCCAAGUUCAGAAGCUUUAUACUAAAUUUGGAUCCCAAUGUAGGGUUCGACAUGGAUUGGUUGAUCUGCGAGGUUUGUGAAGAUGCCUACUUGGUAAUUCUACUCAUUGCCGAGGAAGAGCCUCCGGUCGACCCAGUGGACCCAACACUUGUUGCUGAAGUGAGAGCCUUGGAUUCCCAGUUGCAGGCUAUUAAUGGAGAUCACAAACCACUUGACCUUUCGUUACUAAUCCCUGCCUUACCACAUCCUGGGUGGGAUUUCAUAUUUCGGGGAUAUUGUGAAUUGCUAGCUUCUUGUGUGGACGCAUAUAUCUAUGGCGAUAGUCCGAUCUUCACGGCCAUCUACCGUGAAGAUUCUUCGCCGGACCUCGUAUUUCGGGUCUUGCGUGGCCUGAUUGCUGAAUUCAACAACUUUCCAUUUCUUCGGCCCUAUGUUGACAGACUAUUGCGAAAGUUAGACGCUACGAGAACUGGCGUUGCCUUGAACAAAUAUUCGACAGAGCAUGCCAAGCCAAAAUCUGGUCUUAGACCAAAGCGGAAGAUAGGCACGCCUGAUUUAGAUGGUAUGGCACAAUUAUCUUUGGAAUCGCCCAGGAGUAAAAAACCCAAAUUCGAUAACUCGGGCCCUCCUACGCCUCCCCAGGAGAUCAGACAAUCCUUCUGGGAUUAG